CCAUAUUUCCCCGGCCGGCGGCCCCGCGGCGCAGCACCAUGAGCACCGCCGCCUUCCACAUCUCCAGCCUCCUGGAGAAGAUGACGUCCAGCGACAAGGACUUCAGGUUCAUGGCCACCAGUGACCUGAUGUCAGAGCUGCAGAAGGACUCCAUCCAGCUGGACGAGGACAGCGAGCGCAAGGUGGUGACGAUGCUGCUCAGCCUCCUGGAGGACAAGAAUGGCGAGGUGCAGAACCUGGCUGUCAGGUGCCUGGGUCCUCUGGUGGGCAAAGUGAAGGAGUACCAGGUGGAGACCAUUGUGGAUACCCUCUGUGCCAACAUGCGAUCAGACAAGGAGCAGCUCCGGGACAUCGCUGGCAUCGGCCUGAAAACGGUCCUCUCGGAGCUCCCCCCAGCAGCUACAGGCUCCGGCUUGGCCACCAACGUGUGCCGGAAGAUCACUGGCCAGCUCACCAGUGCCAUUGCCCAGCAGGAGGAUGUGGCAGUGCAGCUGGAGGCCCUGGACAUCCUUUCUGACAUGCUGAGCAGGCUGGGCGCCCCCCUAGGCGCUUUCCAUGCCAGCCUCCUGCACUGCCUGCUGCCGCAGCUGAGCAGCCCGCGCCUGGCCGUGCGCAAGCGGGCGGUGGGGGCGCUCGGCCACCUGGCGGCCGCCUGCAGCACCGACCUCUUCGUGGAACUCGCUGACCACCUGCUGGACCGGCUGCCUGGCCCGCGCGCACCCGCCAGCCCCGCCGCCAUCCGCACCCUGAUUCAGUGUCUGGGCAGCGUCGGCCGCCAGGCAGGCCACCGCCUCGGGGCCCACCUGGACCGCCUCGUGCCCCUGGUGGAGGAGUUCUGCCACCUGGAUGAUGAUGAGCUCCGCGAUUCCUGCCUGCAGGCCUUGGAGGCCUUCCUGAGGAAGUGCCCCAAGGAGAUGGGCCCUCACGUCCCCAAGGUGACCAGCCUUUGCCUCCAGUACCUGAAGCACGACCCUAACUACAACGACGACAGCGAUGGGGAUGAGGAGCAGAUGGAGGCAGAGGAGAGUGAAUUCAGUGAGCAAGAGAGCGAGGACGAGUACAGUGAUGACGAUGAUAUGAGCUGGAAGGUGCGCCGGGCAGCGGCCAAGUGCGUGGCGGCCUUAGUCAGCUCACGGCCUGACCUGCUGCCCGACUUCCACCGCACCCUGGCACCCGCGCUCAUCCGGCGCUUCAAGGAACGGGAGGAGAACGUCAAGGCUGAUGUCUUUGGGGCUUACAUCGUACUGCUGCGACAAACACGGCCCCCCAAGGGAUGGCUGGAAGCAGUGGAGGAGCCCACCCAGAUGGGCAGCAACCUGCACAUGCUGCGCGGACAGGUGCCCCUGGUCAUCAAGGCCCUGCAGCGGCAGCUUAGAGAUCGGAGUGUCAGGUCCCGCCAGGGCUGCUUCAGCCUCCUCACCGAGCUGGCAGGCAUCCUCCCGGGCAGCCUGGCAGAGCACAUGCCCGUGCUGGUGGCAGGCAUCGUCUUCUCGCUGGUGGAUCGCUCCAGCUCCUCCACCAUCCGGAUGGAUGCCCUGGCCUUCCUACUGAGGCUGCUGGGCACAGAGCCAGCCGAGGCCUUCCACCCACACCUGCCCACCAUCCUGCCGCCUGUGAUGGCCUGUGUGGCCGACCCUUUCUAUAAGAUCGCUGCAGAGGCCCUGCUGGUGCUACAGGUGCUGGUGCGGACCCUGUGGCCCCUGGACAGACCUCGGACGCUGGACCCUGAGCCAUACGUUGGAGAGAUGUCUGUGGCCACGCUGGCACGGCUCCGUGCCACUGACCUGGACCAGGAGGUGAAGGAGCGGGCCAUCUCCUGCAUGGGCCACCUCAUGGGCCACUUGGGUGACCGGCUUGGGGAUGACCUGGGGCCAGCACUGUCGCUCCUGUUGGACCGCCUGCGGAACGAGAUCACCCGGCUGCCAGCUGUGAAGGCACUGACACUGGUGGCUGAGUCCUCGCUGCGGCUUGACCUGCAACCCAUCCUGGCUGACGCACUGCCCAUCCUGGCCUCAUUCCUGCGCAAGAACCAACGGGCGCUGCGGCUAGGGACUCUGGCUGCCCUGGACGCCCUGGCCCGGAGCCAGGGAGCCAGCCUCCCGCCCAGUGCCUUGCAGGCCGUGCUGGCUGAGCUACCCCCACUGGUCAGCGAGAGUGACAUGCAUGUAGCCCAGCUGGCCGUGGACUUCCUGGCCACCGUGGCCCAGGUACAGCCCGCCUCCUUGGCCGAGGUCAGCAGCCCGGUGCUCUCGGAGCUGUUGUGCUUGCUGCGUUCACCCCUGCUGCCACCUGGUGUGCUGGCAGCGGCUGAAGGCUUCCUGCAGGCCCUGGUGGGGUCCCACCCGCCGUGCGUGAACUACACCCAGCUCAUCAGCCUGCUCACGGCACCCGUGUAUGACCAGCCUGCAGACGGCACACCUGGCCUGCACAAGCAGGUGUUCCACUCCCUGGCCCGGUGCGUGGCAGCCCUCGCAGCCGCCUGUCCCAAGGAGGCGGCUGGCACAGCAAACCGCCUGGUCUCUGAUGCCAGGUCUCCCGACUCCAGCACGGGGGUCAAGGUCCUGGCGUUCUUGUCGCUGGCUGAGGUGGGCCAGGUGGCUGGGCCCGGCCCUCAGCAGGAACUCAAGACCGUGCUCCUGGAUGCCCUGGGGUCGCCCAGCGAGGAUGUGAGGGCAGCCGCCUCCUAUGCACUGGGCCGUGUGGGCGCUGGCAACCUACCAGACUUCCUGCCCUUCCUGCUGGGGCAGAUCGAGGCCGAGCCUCGACGGCAGUACCUGCUGCUGCAGUCGCUCCGGGAGGCCCUGGCGACCGCCCAGCCCGACAGCCUGAAGCCCUAUGUCGAGGAUGUGUGGGCCCUGCUGUUCCAGCGCUGCGAGGGUGCCGAGGAGGGCACCCGGGGGGUGGUGGCCGAGUGCAUCGGGAAGCUGGUCCUCCUCAACCCUCCUUCCCUUCUGCCCCGAUUCCGGAAGCAGCUUGCUGCAGGCCAGCCGCAUACCCGGAGCACCGUCAUCACAGCAGUCAAGUUCCUCAUCUCCGACCAGCCUCACCCCGUCGACCCCCUCCUGAAGAGCUUCAUUGGAGAGUUCAUGGACAGCCUGCAGGACCCAGACCUGAGCGUGCGCCGGGCCGCCCUGGCGCUCUUGAACUCGGCGGUGCACAACAAGCCCUCCCUGGUCCGGGACCUGCUGGGCGACAUCCUGCCCCUCCUCUACCAGGAGACCAAGGUCCGCAGAGACCUCAUCCGAGAGGUGGAGAUGGGGCCCUUUAAGCACACAGUGGAUGAUGGGCUGGACGUGCGGAAGGCGGCCUUCGAGUGCAUGUACUCACUGCUCGAGAGCUGCCUGGCCCAGCUGGACAUCUGCGAGUUCCUGAACCACGUGGAGGACGGUCUGAAGGACCACUAUGACAUCCGGAUGCUGACCUUCAUCAUGCUAGCACGACUGGCUACGCUGUGUCCGAUGCCCGUCCUGCAGAGGGUGGACCGGCUCAUCGAGCCGCUCAGGGCCACCUGCACCGCCAAGGUGAAAGCUGGUUCCGUGAAGCAGGAGUUUGAGAAGCAGGACGAACUGAAGCGCUCGGCGAUGAGGGCAGUGGCCGCCCUGCUGACCAUCCCAGAAGUAGGGAAGAGUCCCAUCAUGGCCGACUUCUCUUCCCAAAUCCGAUCCAACCCGGAGUUGACAGCUCUCUUUGACAGCAUCCAGAAGGAUUCUACUUCGGCCCCUGGCACAGACUCAAUGGAGCUCAGCUAAUGUUCCCCCAGCCUCCAGGUGGGCCCUUUCUCAGGACAAAAGGACCCACCUAAGCCCAAGGCCCCACCCUCCCACCACCAUAGGCCUCUACUUUGCUUCCCAUUCAUCUCCCCGGGGCCUUUUUGCUCCUGGUCAGGGCUUACAGUGCCUUCUCCAGGGACCCCAACUCACAGGCCGCAGCAAGAGCUUUGAGGCUGUCCAGAGUCGGGCCCUUUAACUCAGGACAGACAACAAACAGGGUAGGGUGGUAGGGACAGUCGGUGUGAACUCACCUGGUUGGUCUGAGUCCUUCCAUCUGGAGGACUGUGCAUUUAGAAACCACUGCACUCGCAGCUACAAAGGUCGGAGGCAGCAGGUCCCAGACUCACCCCACCCCACCCCCCACCCGACCUGCACUGAUAAGCCGAAAACCCGUGCUCUGACUAAGCAUCUUAAAAACUCGGAUAUUCCUGGGUUAUUCACUUUAGAAUUCAAAAUGCUUUAUUUCUAAUGGACAGCCACUCAUCAGAAGUGCAUGGAGACAUCUGCAGGGGGAGGUGGGGGGGGCAGGCAAUUGGACCUAAUGUUUUUUCUAUGUCAAAAUACUCGUGGCAACCCGGGGAAAUGAGCGCACAAGCCACCUUUCAUGUCACCACCUGGGCAUGACCAGUUGAGUGUCCUGGGGGAGGAUUUGCGCAUGUUAUUUCUAGUCUUUAGUACUGAGGACACAGAAAUAGUGACAGGCCAAAGAAUUUCAUGCUCUCCAAGGUUAAAAGAAGACAAACUAUUUUCUCACACAAUUCCUCUUGUUCAAUAGACCGUUAAUAUACUUUCCAAGUCAACUGAAAAGUUGUAAAAUAAAGGCCAACAGUUUACUCAACAAAUG